CAUACAAGCACUGCCACAUGAGCAUUCAACAUCAUUCCCUGGUCCAUUUCGGCAUCCUCCGUCAUCAAGAAAUCUUUCGAACCUUCAAAACACACAGUCUUUUCCAUUUUCUGACGUCAUCCUUGUAGACGUGACUCCAUGUCGAGCACAGUCGAAGCCCAGCGGCCUUCACCCAUUUGCAAAUUGUAUUUCGCUUACAUUUCUCGGCGCUGUAAGAUAUGGCUAGAGCACGAAGCACAAGUGAUUCGCUGGCGUCCCUUAGUGAUGCGUGUCAAGGUUACUCGGCAUUGUCUUCUCCAACAGGACCGACGAGGUGCUUUCGGGCUGGAAGGCGGCUGCCCGGCUCGAGGAGGAUGCGCGUCGCCUGGCCAAAUUGGGGCAACGUCAGGACCACGGAACCCCUACCAUUGGGCAUACGCUCAGCUACAACUCGCUCGCCUGUGUGCAGUCGCUCAGCCAGUCAUACCUGAUAGCAAUCAUGUGCGACAACAAUCUCUGCAGCGAAUUCAUGCACAACUUGUCACAGCACCUCAUGCCGCUGGACGACAUGACAAGAUGUGUUGGCGGCGUUGCCCGCCUGCGCCUCCCCGUGCGCUUUCGCCUCUGCACUUCCAUCUGCGCCUCAGGACCCGGUGGCACUGUGCGCAAAAAGCGAGUCAACCGAAUCAUAUAACCUACCACCGUGCUGAACAGCCUUGAUGACUCAGUUGAACAUCGACUCGUUGUAAUUGCCUAGCAGCACGAAACGCAUGCCGGCGAACAAAGGGGGUGGAGUAGGCGAAUGCUGCAGCGUCGCCGAACUAUUGCUUUUAGCGGAUGAAAUUUGA